AUGGCCGCCUUGGAUUGGCGAAACCCUAAUCUCGACGAUUUUGUCGGAUUACAGUGGAGUUGUUGGGUUGAUGGGGUAAAUAUUUUUCCAUCUGACGGUGAGUCGUACUCCCUGUCCACACCUGGUUUCAUUACAUGACAGUAUUGGCGUUCAGUGAUUUAUUUAUUCGAUAACGUUACUAACAGAGCGGCAUAAAGUAGGACCCAAACAAAAGACCCACUGGGUCCUAGCGCAGGGUGAGUUUUCCAAGGAGGAAAACCAACAAAAUAAACCAAUAAUAAAUGAAAAUUAAUGUUUUCUUAAAUCUAUUUUGUAAUGUAAAAACGAAAUAAUCACUUGUUACAAGAACAUCGGUUUACCUGUACAAAAGCGCCGUUCACAUAAACCGACAGCUUCUGUCACACCAAACACAACACCAGCACUUCAGAAGGAUUUGUCCACUAUGCUUCCAACAGUUGAGACUUGCACGGUUAAUAAGGUAGUAUCUGUUAGGAGAUAUGUGACUGAAAAUGAUAAGGAGCACAACCAUUUUGAAAACUCUAAAAAUAUUAUUUAAAAAACUAGUCGAAACGCCGAUAGGCUAAAAAGUGACGUGAACGAGCUGUUCCGGGUUUUAAUAAGCAAAGUAUCCGCGUGUCCCGUUACACCUGCUUUUCUGUACAGCCCACAAGACGACCUCAUCUUGGUAUGCAAGGCUGACUGUUUUUGCUCUAAAUGCAGCUGGUUCUAAUACUGAAGACAGCUGCAAGUAUGGGAGGACCCGCUGUGAGACCAUGACCCUCAUGAAAGAAGGUGAAGACAAGGGGGACCAAAGACACUCAACAUCUCAAGAGUGCACCCAGUAUCUUCUUAGGUUGAUCAUGAAAUGAACUCAUUGUGGUAUACACUCCUUUCUAAUUCCAUUUCAUAUUUGCUUUCUCAGACAUGCACAUAUAUGGUCACUGCCCAGCACAUGAUGAGAUAUAUCUGGUGGUGUGCAGUCACUGUGGCCAAGUAGUGAAGCCCCAGGCCUUUGAGAAGCACUGUGAGAGACGGCACGGUUCUCUCACUAAGACCUGUGAACCUUCACCUGCUUUGGCCUUGCAGCAGCAACCUCGCCCUAGCCAUUCAUCUUCUGAUCUUUCCAUCACAAGAGAAAAGCAGAAAGGUGGCAAAAGUCAUGAUGCCAAUGCCUCUUCAACAGCAAUACCUGUCCACAGACACAAGCCAACCAAAGACACAGUGAGGUACUGUUUCAGUAUGUCUUAAUCUAUGUUGUGCUGUGACAGUACAGAAAACAGGUACAUUUGGAAAUGUUUCAUGGUCUUGACGAACUCAUUGGCUUUUGUUUUUAUUUUGGGCUUAAGUCUUUCACUACUGUGUUUUAGCUGUUGGACUUAAAUGAAAUAAUUUUUGUUAACCUUUCCUCCUUCCUCUACAGUUCUUCUUCAGCAGAGAAAGUCCCUCAGGAGACCCCUCCUCUUCCUCCUCUCAAUCUUCACUCCUCCUCUGCACCUAGCCCCAGUGUUUCGCUGUUGCACUCAGGACCUCUGCCCCCUGGCCACUGUUCCUCCAUAUCCCCACCAGAGAGACUGUCUAAACAGAAGCCCACAGCUGGACAGUCCAGUCACUCAGACUCAGAGUCCUCAGCGGGGAAUGAGAAUCCACAGCCGUCUACACCAAAACAGCCAUGGUAAGUCAGCAUCUGUUGUUUCUCCUCCUGUGGCUUUCCUGACCUGCCUGUUGUGUAAUAGCUUGCGUUUGGUUUACUGUAUAAAGUAGUAACUGUAUUAAUGGGAGAAGAGAACAGUCAUAUAUGCAAAGUAAACUCUUGCUGCUUUAUCAUGAUAUUUGAUCUAAAAUGAAAUUAUCUGCCCAUAGUUGUGUCUGUUACCUCUCACUAUCAGCAUGAGUAGGGUUUCUGUCUGUGUCCUGCUGCUGCCCACAGACUUCUGUGUUUGCUUUGGUUUCCACAGAGAAAGAAUUUGACCUGGACCAACACAGUGAAGGUGCUGAUCCAAAAAGAAAGAAGCUCCACAGCCAAGAACAUAUAUGCAAAGUAAACUCUUGCUGCUUUAUCAUGAUAUUUGAUCUAAAAUGAAAUUAUCGCCCAUAGUUGUGUUUUUAUUCACUAUAAAGGUGAUGGAUUGUUUUUGUUCUCAAGAAUUUAACUUAGAACUUGAUCGUGUCUCUUGGUUGGGAUGUGUUGCACCUAAUUUUCCUUUUCCAAUAUUGUCUGAUUCUGUUCAGCAGCAAAAGAAAACACUGGAGCAUCCACGGGUAUCCUCACCAGGACAGAAUAUGGAUAAGCUUUCUAUUGAAUCAAAAGACAAACUGCAAAAUUUGAAAGAUAAAACAACAACUCAGGGCAGUCAAUACAGCCUCAACAGCAGCCAUCACAUUUUCAGGUAUAGUCAUUAUUUUUAAAAACUUUUUAAAUUAGAACGAUCAUGCAAGAGAAAAACACACUGUGAAUGGAGACUAUCACUCAGUUAGCAGCAGCCCUAUGUUGGUGUUUUUUUGUUGUUGUUGUUGUUGUUGAUCAUGAACUGUUUUUUUUGUGUGUGGUUUUGAAAGCAGGUCCAGGGGUCCAUCGGAAAGCUUCCAAAGGAAAGAGGGUGAUGGCACAGUGGAAGUGGAGGUGCAGCUCCCUUAUCCCUUCAACCAAACUCUGCCCUCUAGCGAUGAAGAUGAAAUUGACGAUCAGGAGGAUAUUGCAGACCUGCCUGCCACACCCUGGCACCCAAAACCUCUGGGGGUGAGUGUAGAAAUAAACAUUCAAUAAUCUUUAACAGAGAAAAACACUACCAUGAAACAUACUGGCCUCAUUAGAAGGUUUGGGCUAAAUCAUUAGGCCAACCCUGGCUCAUAGAAACUUUGUUUUAUAAGUUUGGUGAACAAAUUGAAUAAGAGGCCUGAAGCUAAUUCCUGAUCUUUUUCUUUCUGUGAAAAUAGAAAAAGUAGUUGUCACUCAUUUGUCAUUAAAUGUAAAGUCACUGUGGUCAGGUAUGUAAAGGUUUAUGUCUCUGAAGGACAAAUGAGUGGCUGUAACUAUGAAACUGUCUCUUCUGUAGCUUUGCACUUUUGGAUGCCGCACUUUGGGUUGCAGCAUCUUCACCUUCGACAGGCGGUGGCACCACCUGCGGUUCGCCCUCGGUGCCAUGUUGGAGCGCCAUGUCAGCACACAUCGGUGGAAGUGAGUAUCAGUACUCUACUAUUUUUACAUGGUAGGUCGUGCUCUGUCUGGUUUUAUUCCCCAGCAGUCGAAAGGUUCUUUACAUUUGAAUAGUGUUAAAUUAUGUGCUGAAAUACCAUGAGAUUAAGAUCAUGUACUCUUGUAGAAGUGGUAAAAGUAGAAAUAAGUAUCUGUGAAUGGUUAACAAAAAGGAUUUCUGAGAUACCUUGUCUUCAUAACACCAUCAGACAGAGUAAGAAAGCGCUAGUGUGGUAUUCUGGUUCAAAUAUCUAAAUUCAGAGGAAAAAUCUGUGAAAGAGACUCACUGUUUGAGAUGCAUCCUUUGUUGCAUUUAUUCUGUAGCCAUUUGCAAAUGAGUAAGACUGACUGGUUUCACUCAUAUUAAACUGAACAGCCUCUGACGGUGAAGAAAAACAAGGUGAAUGGGGCCACAUGAAUCAGCGCAGCACUUAAUUGAGUAUCCCUGCCACAUCACUGACAGACUGUGUGACAUUUUCUUCUCUGUUCUGCUGUAAUCCCAUCUUUGUAACCAGUGUUCAGUUUCACUUCAUGUGUCAUUUUCUAUUUCGAGAUUCCUCCAUUGUUGCCCUGGUUUUAAGUCAAAUUCACCAGACUUGAUCAAUAUGAGUUCUUUUUAGAGUUUUUAUUAGAGCAGCAUUCCAUAGUGGUCCGCUAUUGAGAAAUAAUAGACCUUCAGAAUCGUGAUCAACCUAUCAGCUCCAAGUAUUUCAUAGAGCAGAGUAAUAGAAGCUGUAGCCAUUUUUGAAGAAGUCAGCUGAUUGAUAACUUGUCUCAUAGAAAAUUUGAUAUAUAAACAGUAUCAUGCUCUCCUUUAAUUUUCAGGAAAAUGCCCCAAGUAUCAUCAAGUCUCAGGGCACGUCCGCACACACCUCUAAAUGUAGCAUCACCUCUCAGAACUGGAGCCAGACUCCCCAAAUCCACAACCUCACAGGCAACCAAAAACAGUGAGAACUAUUCUAACAGGACCAAACAGCCAUCAGCCACAGCCCCUGAGACUCUUAGCCCUGGCCGACCCUGCAGCAGUCCUGUGGGGCGACACAGCAAGGCUCAGCUGAGGGGGGUGGAGCCUAUGCAUGAAGCAAACAGUGAGGGCAAAUCCUCAAAAUAUAUCAGGGAUCAUAAAUUUUGCCAGCCACAAUUCCCUUCCUCUGAAGGACCAGUCAAUGGUUCCUUAUCAUACGGAAAGAAGCCAUGUCCUCCUCUCCAUCAAUCAGCCAGCAGCAGAGGGAGGCCCCCAGGGAUUCAGCAGCAGGUGUCGGACAGUGACCGCACAGGUCCCACCCAAAAGAGAAAAGGCAAAAAUGAGUCAAAGCCCCUCAGCUCAUCAAUAUCCAGAGCUUCCAAGUGUCAGCGCUUGUCCUCCUCUUCCUGCUCCAACCUACUGGCCUGGAAGGGAGAAAAUAAGAGAGAUGUGCUCGCGUGGGGGCGGGAGAGAAGAUCUGACUCCUGA